CAGAACUACUCAAAAUGUCGUCAGUUUCGUCCGCCGAGCCAACUGCUCAACAAAAUUUCAAUCCAAGCUGGAUGCGUCCAAAUGCUGCUAACCGUGGUGGCUCAAUUUCUUCGGGAAACAAUCGUUCCUCUGGAUUUGGUGGGGGUGGAUUUGACGAUGGCGGCGAUGAAAUCUCCUCUUCGGCAAUCGCUGCUGCAGCCGCCGCGGUCCUCUCUUCGCCAGUGGUUUCGGAAUUCUCGUACACGCGCGAACGUCUUCUCGAGCUGGCUCCAACCGGAUCGAUUAUGCCUGAUGCGUUGCGCGAUCAGCUAUUUUUCAACGAGAAGAACCUGCCGCUCGUCUCGAACACGCCUCUCAGUGAACAUGAACAGAAACUGCAACACAACAUAAACUCUUCGAAAGCAAUGUCUCUUUUAUCGCACGCUGAUCGAGCCUCAAUUGCUGCUGGAGCUGCUUAUGGAAGUGGAUAUGGAGCCGCUUCCGGAGCACUUCAAAACGGACAAUCACCAACCAGUCGCUGGGCUCCGAAAUCAUCUUGGAAUAAAGGCACACCGGAUCGUGGCACCGGUACAACUCCUCGUGGUGGUGGAUCUGUUGGUCGAGCAAGUGGAGCAUUCUUUGCAGGCCGUGGUGGCGGACGAAUCGGCGGAGAAAACGGGUUUGGCGGCGCGACCAAUGGUGGCUCGCCAGCUGCUCAAAACGAAGAUUCUCCUGGAACAUAUCAAUCAAAGUUCAAUGCACUUCGUCGUGGCGGUGGCGCGGGAAGCGUCGGUCGUGGUGGCAGCACGACGGGUUCAGCUUUUAACACUAGAGCUGACGCUUUGUACAACCCGAACGAUCCAACUGAUCGUCCAAAGGCGGUGAAUCCUGCUGCAACUCGAAGCGAGAGCGAUGAAGAAGAGGAGGAAGGAUGGUCGAAAGUUGGAAGUACAUCUCGAACCUCCACCAAUGCGGCCCCUCAAUCAUCUGAACGUCCUGCUUGGGCUCGUUCUGAAUCUUGGAUUCAACGUACACAGCAACAACAGCAACAACAACAGCAGCAAUCGACUCAGCAGCAAGCACAACCUCCAAUUACUCUGUGGAAUAAUCGAGAAGUUGGUUCUGAUUCAACUGUUUGGAAAGAUCGGAAUCACAUGGUUGCUGCGGUUAGAAAGGCAUCCACAGAAAAUCAUCCACCACAACAACAACAGCAACAACAACAACGUUCAUCUGCUCCAGUUUCUGCUCCUUCUCGGCAAGAGAGUGAAUCAACGGAUGUUCCGAAUCUUCCUAUUCCUACAUAUCCUUCUGAUCCAUCAGCGUGGUCUAAUAAUUCGAUGGGAGGUGGUAUUUUCUAUCAACCAACGCCACAGCCACCAGCUCCGAUUGUAAAAGAAGAACCUGUUCAGUUUUACUACAUGGAUCCAACAGAAACUCGUCGUGGUCCUUUCCCUAAAGAUCAAAUGAAUGUAUGGUUCAAAGCGGGUUAUUUUACGGAUGAAUCACUUCGAGUUCAGAGAGGCGAAAACGGAGAAUAUAAAACGAUCGGUGACCUCAAAAAAUUGCAUGGAUCCUCGACGCCAUUUGAAUAUUUGGAAGAUAUUGAGCCUCCACGCCCAAUUUUGCCGUCGAUCCCUUACCCGUCCGCGACGAAUCCUUUGUAUCCAGCUGCAUUUGGUGGAGUGAACAUGUGGUCAAGCAUGGGUCAACCUACUGAUGUAUAUAUGAUGCAGACAAAUUUUGAACAGCAGCUGGUAGCCGAGCGCAACAGACUUCUCGAUGAUCACAACAGACGCCUCGCCGAAGAGGCCGAAAAAAUGGCCAAAUUUCAAGAAGCUAUGUACCGUCAACUGACAAUGCAGCAUGAGCAACGUGUGAGAGAACAGGAACUUCUUUUGCAAAAACGUGCGGAAGAAAUCGAAAAACGUGAGGCUGAAUCGAAGAGAGAAGAAGCCGCGCGUCUCCAGAAGUUGGAGCAAGAAGCACGUGAAAUCGAAGAACGAAAAGCUGCCUUGGAAGCUGAGGAUCGUCGAAAGAGAGAAAUUGAAGAGUAUAACAGAAUGUGUGAAAAGAAGAAGAACGAAAUUAUUGCAAAAGAAGCUGCCGAUAGAAUGCGCCUUGAAGAAGCUACUGAACGAGAAAGACGACGUCUGGAAGCUGAAUCACGCGUGGCAGAAGAAAAGAUUCGACGGGAUCGUGUGAGAGCGGAACUUGAGGCACGUGAAAGAGAAGAAGAGCGAAAAAGAGCUGCCGAACGAGAGAGAAUCGCUCGUGAAACUGCUUCCCUUCAACAACAGGCUGAGCUAGACGCCGCUUGGGCUGGAAAGAAAAUUGCGACAGUAACCACUUCCAACUCUGCAUUCACUGGUGCACCGAAGCAAGUAUCACCUAGUGGCAGUGAAGAAUCAGAUGAAUGGAUCUCUACCAGCAAGGAAGUUAAGCACACGAAAACUGCUCCAUGGGCUGCAAAGGUCGAAGCUCCUCAAAAAAGUGAGAAGACAUUGCUUGAGAUUCAGAAAGAAGAAGAACGUAAAUUCAAAGUGGAGCAGGAGAAGAACGCCAAGUUGAAGGCAAAAGAACAAGCUUCCAAUAUCACAUCCGCUGCUGCUAUCGCUGGAGACAAAAGUGGUGGACUUUGGGGAGCAUCCAAGACUUGGGCUGCUCCAGAGUCAAAUAGCUCAAAAAGCUAUGUUUCUCCAUUCCUUGAUGGACCAUCUUUGGAAGCAGCGAACAAGAUGGCUUUGCAAAAGAAGAACUCCCAGCCAAAGAUAGCUGUUCCAGCCAAGUCUGCUCCGACUUCAGCAAAAGUUGCCACUCCAGUCAAAGCAAAAGCAACAGCAGUGGCCGUAUCGUCUCCUGCUACCAAUCAAAAGACGAAAAAGACCAAGGAACAGGUUGCUACGGAUGAGUUGCAGCAGUGGUUUGUCAAACGAUUCCAGCAGUUUUCGACUCAAGUUGAUUCUUCGACCCUGUUCGAUUGCAUAAUGUCACUUGAAAAUCCAAAUGAGGUCGAAGAUAUUGUCAUGUCGUACUUGGACGAAUCGAAAACUGUGAAGGAAUUUGUUCGCGAAUUCAUCAAGCGUCGCAUUGCAAUGCGUGCUGCUGGAGGUCGUCCAGAUGCCGACGAUUUGACUUCUGCUCGUACUGCCGCCGCUGCUCCAUCCGAUUCCAACUCUGGAUCCAACUCGAAUUCUGGAAAUGGUCAGGGCAAGAAAAAGAAGAAGACUCAAAAGCAAGUUCUCGAUGGAAAUAUUCUCGGAUUCCGUGGAACUGCUGCCGCUGACCGUCUUAACAAGGGCGAAAUCGACGCAGUCCCAUCGGCUCCGGUGAAUCCUUCGCGCCGUUAGAUGAGUCAUUUCUUUUUCCAGCUUUAACAUUCUAUUCAGCCUUUCUCUCCUCUUUCAUAUCUUUUUUAAUCCUUUCGUAAAUCUUCCAAAUUAAAUUCCUCCAACCCCUGAAAAUUAUCAAAUGGUGUUUUAUGGGGAGAGUUUUUGUAAUUCUUUUUUCUUUUUAUUUCAUAUCCCUUUACUCUCUUCUUCAAUUGAAUUCUGUUUUCUUGGGUCCCAAUUUUCUCUCUCAAUCUCCACAACGCGUGUAGUCCCACAUUGAUUUCUUUAUUUUUCCAAAUCAGUUUCUCUUUUUUUUCUAAUUUCAUCUGAAAUUCCAUGAGUCUCCCGAUAGUUUUUCCGACUUUUCGUAAAUGUCAUUUCUUAUUUUUAUAUUUUAAUUGUAUACUGUGUUAGUUGAAGGAAAUAAUAUCUACAUGACGUGUUCGACUUUCAGUUCGCGAUCAUUUUCAGCAUAACUUCUCCUUCCUUUCACAGUUUACAAUUGUUGUUUUCUUUGUCUUUUUUUUUUGGUUAUUUUCCCAUGUUAUUCGUUUCUAAUGUUUUAUUCCCUCUCUCUCUCUCUUAUUUCAAGCAUAUGACAAAAUCUUGAUUUUCAAGGCCAAAAUUUAUCCAUACCCAUUCAAUUUUUUAAAGAGAGGUUUAGCGAAAAGUAUCAAAUUAAAGUUCGAAUUAAUAGCCGGUGUCUAUGGAUUAUUUGUUGGUUUUGAUAAAUCUUGGUUAUUUCUAUAUGCCCCUCCGAUUCUUUUUCAUGUUAUCAUUUAUACACCCUCCGCAACCCCGUGUUUCCCACUUUCUUUAUUCAUUCCCCUGUGCCCCAAUCGUUUAUUUUUGUAUCUUGCCUUAGUUGUUUUUUCCGAUUUAAAACCUUUGGCAUUUUUGAUAUUGGAGCAUCCUAAAAAAUAAGCGAAUUAUAUUCACGGGAGAGCAAAAUUUAAAUUAUGUUCUUCAUGUCAAAUUGAUGGAGUAGAUUCAUAAAUUGUUGUCGUUUUAAA